UGACGACGUGCAGCGGAGCGUUCAGGAUCACUGUGAAGUGCAAAGUUCCCACAGUCCGUGAAGGCACCGUGAGGCUGCAGAUCUGCCGCUCCGCUGGAUGAGAAGCGGCGGGGACGCUGCUGCCUGAUGUCCGCCGUGGAAGCUCCGUCCGCCCGGAGGAAACGCCCGCAGCCAUGGCCUCCUCGGACAGCUGUCUGUUUGUGUUGUCUGAUCAGUGUGUCAUUGUGUGUCCUCUCUCCCUCCCCCUCCUGCUGCCAGUCACCCCUGAGGCCAUCGGCUUCCUGUCCGCCGUGGGCGUCUUCAUCGUGGCGCUGGCCAUCCUCUUCCUCUUCAUCAACAAGAAGCUGUGCUUCUCCCGUGUCGGCGGGCUGCCCUGCUUGGAGCAACAUGGCCGCCACAAGAGGAGACGGCAGGGAGUCCUGCAGGGUCUCGUGAGCAGCUAUGGUUACGACGGUGAUGCUGCCUCCAGCUCCUCUGACAGCGAAGACGAGGUCCUGAAGCAGUUUGAGAUCUCUGCGUCUCGCCCACAAAGUUUUCGUGUGGCGCCAGCAAGCGGCGGUCCAGAGACAUCCCGUCAGACUCAUCUGCCACUGAGCCGGCGCAACAAAUUUACCCGCCUGUCAGAGCAGGAAGAGGGCAGCACUGAGCCGUCUGACUGUGAAGCAGAGGCAGAAGCGUCAGGCCGGCAGACCUUCCAGGAUCCGCUCUGUGCAGUGGAAGACAAGAGUGAGAAGAUGUCAGCUCCCCUCCUGAACAGUCCUGCUGCCACCGCUGAUGCAAGUCCCAUCCUGAGUCCAACCCGACCGGCUGCAGAGGGGAGCGAGGACAAGCCGGUGGAUCAGGACAAAAACGAAGCCGCAGACAGCUCCUCCACCUGGAGCCCAGAGCAGGAACGGACUCUGCACAGCAGCGCUUCGUCUCAGCUGCUGUGUUCCUCCUCUCGACCUCCCAUCUGUAAAUGUGGAGACCUGGUCCUGUCUUUAGAGUACCGACCCAGCUUGAGAAAGCUGCUGGUCUCUGUCCUUUCAGCACGGGGCGUUCCUGACAAAGACCGCAGUGGGCUGGACUCCUGGCAGGUACACAUGCUCCUGCUGCCCACAAAGAAGCAGCGACACAAGACGUCGGUGCAGAAAGGGCCCUGUCCACACUUCAACGAGACCUUACGCUUCUCACACGUAGAGCCAACCGACCUGCACACGUCGGCUGUGCGGUUCCGGCUGUAUGCACUAGGGGGCAGGAUGUUCCGUGAGAGGAUGGUGGGGGAGAAAGUGCUUUGCUUAGGUGGUCUGGAUCCACAAGGAGGGACCACGGAGACUACAGUGGUCCUGGAGCCUCGGAGCAACCUGAAGCACGUCGGUUCCCAGUUGAGCUUAUCUGCAGCUUCUCAGAGUGACAUUGCUUCGUUUACUCAGUCCCUGACCCACGGAGGCGUCCCCGAGCUGCUGCUGGGCCUCUCUUAUAAUGCCACCACUGGGCGCAUGUCUGUGGAGCUCAUCAGAGGCAGCCUCUUCAGAAACCUGGCUGUCAGCAGGCCUCCAGACACCUACGGCCGACUGACUCUGCUGAACUCGGUGGGUCAGGAGAUCGCUCGGUGCAAGACGUCAGUGCGCCGCGGCCAACCCAACCCAGUCUACAAGGAGACAUUUGUCUUCCAGGUGGCGCUGUUCCAGCUGUCCGAUGUCACGCUGCUGGUCUCCAUUAACACCCGCCGCAGCAUGAAGCGCAAAGAGAUGGUGGGCUGGAUCGCACUGGGGCAGAACAGCAGCGGCAAGGAGGAGCAGCUCCACUGGCAGGUCAUGAAGGAGAGCCGAGGACAGCAGGUGUGCCGCUGGCACGUCCUGCUGGAGGCGUAAGGCUCGUCACCGCAGGACCUCCCUUCCUCCAGACGGAGGAGCUUGCAGAACAUUCCCUCUUCUUGUAGAGCUACAUCAGCCCCACAGGUCAACUGCUGCUUCAUCACAGAGCACCUCCUCCCUUCUUCAUUCAUGCACUCGCACUGCAAGUUCACGCGUCUGUUCAGAGUCACGCGUCACCGAGGUUUCUCUGACGCACGGGGACUUUACCCAUCAACCCCUCUGGUGACCAGCUUUCUUUUGUUUCUGCCUCACGAUAAAAAGGAGUUUUUUUAAACACCGAAACCAGAACCCAACCCCUGUAGGUCAUCAUGACAUCAAGCUCACCAAACAACACAUUUAAUAACAAAUGGGACACAAAGCAAACUAACAUAAAGCAGUUUGUUGGGAAAGGAGCAGCUGUUUGCCUACAAUAAAAAAAUAAACUCAGGAGUGAAGGUGUGAGGGCGGUUCAGGCUGGAGCCAGAACCCUCCUGGACCCAUGGCCCUGCUGGAGCCAGGACCCUGCUGGAGCCAGAACCCUCCUGGACCCAUGGCCCUGCUGGACCUAGGACCCUGCUGGAUCCAGAACCCUCCUGGACCCAUGGCCCUGCUGGAGCCAGGACCCUGCUGGAGCCAGAACCCUCCUGGACCCAUGGCCCUGCUGGAGCCAGGACCCUGCUGGAUCCAGAACCCUCCUGGACCCAUGGCCCUGCUGGAGCCAGGACCCUGCUGGAGCCAGAACCCCUCCUGGACCCAUGGCCCUGCUGGAACCAGGACCCUGCUGGAGCCAGAACCCUCCUGGACCCAUGGCCCUGCCGGAACCAGGACCCUGCUGGAGCCAGAACCCUCCUGGACCAAUGGCCUUGCUGGAGCCAGGACCCUGCUGGAGCCAGAACCCUCCUGGACCCAUGGCCCUGCUGGUCCCAAAUGCGACUUCAGGCUGCAUGCCUGCCUUUGCUUCCUCUACAGCCAUACAUGAAUGAAUGAACCUUCUGCAGGUAGAACUCACCUAACCGCUGUUUGCCCCACCCACGGGGGUUUUUGACCCUGCAUAACAUCUUUUGCUAUAAAUCAGGAAGGACUCUGAGCUCAACCUGAAUGUCAUAAAAACCUUUCAACAGUAAAUAUGCCAUCAAAUGCAGAUCAACUUUAUUUUUGGUUGUAAAAAGGUUUACAAUAUUUUAAAUGUACACAUUUGGAUGUGGAACUGAGCUGCGUGGAGGUGCUUAGGUCUACAAUGAAUGAACAUUAGUGUGACAUCUCACCAGAAUGUAUUUGCUAAAUUUGUUUUAAUCUAAAAAUUGCAAAAUGUUCAGCACAUUCGAAACAUGAAAGUGUCUUUAUUUUUCCUUCUGGGCUUCCGUAGCAAAUAAGACAUGGAACGCCGCUCUGAAGCAAACUUGCACGUUUUCUCAAGGAGACUUCUUCUGGACUGUCCUCUGCAUUUCUUGAAGCAUUUAAAGAAACAUAACUGGCAAAAAUAGCAGAUUUCCCAGAAUGCCUUUGUUUCAAAUUCCCAUUGACUGACUGAGAUUCCAUCCUCUGUAUUUUGCACGUGUCUCGUGUAUUCACACUGACGAUAAACAGACAAAGUCCCACAGUGUCACUAACAUGGUGGUGAAUGCCGCUUUGUGGAGCUCCGCCUCCUCCUCCACCUGUCAGAGUUCCUACCGGCUCCGGCAGCUGUGAACAUGCUGCUAUGGUUGCUCUGAGAAUACAACCGUGUCCUCCUGUCUGCGCUCUCUGGAUGCAGAGCCGGUAUGCUUCAGCUGUGGUGGAGGGUGUUCACUCGUCUGACACAGAACCUCCACCAAUGAAGGAAUUACUGCAUGUUACCAAAAUGGGAUCAGGGAGGACGACUGUUUUACUUCCGCUUGACUUCAUUUGGGCUCUUCAGGUGGUUCUUUACAUUUUAUUCCUCACAUGAUAGAUUAUUUAACGUUGAUGCCACCGAAGAGAACAAAGUCAAAAGCAAAACUCCCUCGGGUUGAAAGGGUAACAAUGGAGGUGCGGCAGUCAUGCACUGUGAGUUGCUGAGUCAAAGAUCAGCUCUCCUCCCACAUUCACAGCACAGAUGUAUAUUUUAUGCAUGUUGGACUGUUGUGCAAAACCCAACGUACUUAUUAGAAGACCUUGAUGCAUCUGGUGUGUUUUUCAUUGUUCCCGUAAGUCUGCAUGUUCACCAGGAUCCCAGCGUGGACUGUAGAUGUGACAAUCAGACUGAGCUGCACAUGUGAAAAUAUUUUUUUUACUAUCGGAUGAAGUGCCUGUAACUUUUGGAGAUGUCAGACGGGUGACACACAUUUGCAUGAAGCCUCCUGUUGAAGUUCAGAUGUUUGCUCCUGCGCUGCAAGUAUUUUAGGUUGUGUGAAACACAAUGCAAUGCCCCCCUCAAAAAAAAAAAAGUUAAUACAGUUAUAAAUGAAGUUUGUCAAUAAAUUAAAACUGUAAUUUCAGACUUAUUUCUUUCUCUGUACAUGCAUCGAAGAAAAAAAGGAUCAAACUACAGUCUGACUUUUCCAGAUUGAUAUAUGUUUUGUGUUUUUUUGUUCUCUUUUCCUCUGAACUUCUGAAAGAUGUCCUUGGUCGGUAAAAUGCACAGCUGCUUCAGUGGGGUUACAGUCAUGCAGGGGUUUUUUGCUGUUGCACAGGUCUGCAUCCUGCUGUGCUCUCACCAUCCUGAUGCAGGUCACAGUUUCAGCAAGCUUCAUGCUGCUUUUAAAGCCCCACUCCGUUCAUUUUCUGAUUUAUUUUCAAAGUGUUUCAGUGGUCUAUUAACUAUGAUGAUGCUGUUUUUAAGCAAAAUCCAAAAACCUGUGCUGUUUUCUUGAAUAUAGUUUCUGCAGAGUGGCAGGAAUUCAUCAGAAAUUUAUCUGACUGUUGGCGUGGAGCAACCCUGCCCCCCUCCCCAUUGCUGGGAGUUGGGAGCAGGCAGCUUGUGGCCCGCCCGUCCUAUUUUCUACGUCACUAAUAAUCUCUGUUACAAACUGCAUUUUUUUCGUCUGCUCCUGUUUAACAAGGAUUAGAAUAAAGAGAUUUGCAGAAAUCCAAUUUUAAGGUUAAUUUUCGUCAAAUGUGUUCUCCGUCAUCAGAAAAAAAGAACAUGUUCUAAACUCCAAAAACACCACUUUCAUUGGAGUGGGUCUUUAAACACAAGUUUCGCUCCGACACUUUCUCAAUUCAAACGCUUCAGGGUGAAAAGAUGAUGAAUCUGCUCUGAGCUUCUCACAAACCCUGCAGUCCUGGUCUGGACUCUGCAUGCUGAGCUCAUGCAGUAUCCAGAGAAGACUCUGCAUGUUUGUCAUUGUCAAUAAAAACCAAACUAUCC